UGGCGGACGGCAGCAAAAAGUUGUAAUCACUUUAUUGAAGACCAUUAGAGAACAGAACAAUCAAAUUUUGCAGUGGAUCCGAAAACAAGAUCGCAGUGGCAAUCACGCCAGUAAUACAGAUUUACCAGAUGAUAUAGGCGUACAGUUUCCUUUGAAUUCUCAAGAGGAUAUUACCAAAUUGGAAACAUACCUGGGUGAAAAAAAUAAUUGCCUGGCUUUGUCGGCAUAUCUAUCGACUUUUGGAGGGAGAGAUUUUACUGGACAUACAAACCGCAUUUUAAAUUUUUUGUUCACUUAUUCUCUUGCAACUAAUUGGAAUUUUUGUGGCAAACGAGGUGAGAAAAAGGCUUUUAAAAACUUAAACGUAAAGGAUGUGAUUAUUGGUAAGUGUUUUCACUUGUAGGUGCAUACUUAUUAUUAAUCUGAAACAACAUUUUUAGGUGCUGUAAGAAAAAGCUCCCUUCUAGUCAGUCAGAAAGAAAUAGAAGAUACCAUCAAGGUGUGGUUGAAACAUGCACCAGAGAAAUUGAAAAAGCAGCAGCAUGGCAACCCGUAAGAAAAAAAGUGUUGUUAGUCAAAGACAACUCUACAGAAGGGUGGCAGAAGCAAAUUUAGCACCUGUGAGUCAGAAUUGUUAUAAUACAUCUUUAAUAGUUAAUAAUGAUUCCAAUGAAUCAUCAAAUUCCAUUUUUUUGCUGAUUCAAUGUGUGAAAGUGAAAAUGACACCUGUUCCUCAAGAGAUUUAGAUUUUAAUGUAAACUCGCCUAAUGAAAAUUUGCUCUUCAAUGAUGCGACGUUAUACAACCAUUUGACUUCCUAUUCCAGUAACGUGGCCCCUAACGAUUUAUUUUCUAAUGAAACGCCGCCUAGCGAUUUGCAUUCGAAAUUGUCAAACUGGGCAGUUUCAAGGUACGUUCGACGUACAGUAGUUACUCAUCUCUUGCAUAUCUUGCAUCCAUACCAUAAUGAGUUACCGUUAGACAGUCGAACGCUGCUGAAAACGCCCAGAGAAACGAAAACAAAAUCGUUGUUAAAUGGCGAAUAUUGUCAUUUUGGACUUGUUAACGCUUUAAAAUUAAAGUUAUUGUCAGUGCCUAAUAUUUCUCAGUACAGCAUUAUCAACAUUUCAUUUAAUGUAGAUGGACUGUCCAUUUAUAGAAAUGGUCAGAAACAUGAUCUCUGGCCCAUUUUAGCAUUUGUAAAAAAUUUUAAUAGUGAGCCGUUUGUUGUUGGUUCUUUUUUAGGAAGUGGCAAACCAAAUUUAUUGUCAGCGUUUUUAGAAGAUUUUUUAAUUGAGUUAUCGAACUUACUUACCACGGGCAUUGAAAUUAAUAAUAAUAUCCAUGAAGUAAAAGUUCACAGCUUUGUUUGCGAUGCUCCUGCGCGCGCAUAUCUGAAAUGUGUGAAGACCCAUUCAGGGUAUAGUUCCUGUGAAAGGUGCGACAACUCUGGAGAACACCUGGGACGUGUCAUUUUCAAAAAUUUACCUUUUAACAAGAGAGACAACGAAUCUUUUCGGACUAAAAUUGAUGUAUCUCAUCAUCAUGGAGAAUCUCCUCUAAUAGCUCUUCCUAUAGAUUUGAUCUAUGUAUUUUCUUUAGACUAUAUACACCUAGUUUGUCUAGGUGUAAUGAAAAAACUUUUGCGUAUUUGGACAGGACGCGCAAGCCGAGCCAAAAUGAGCUCUACUGCAUUUCAAAAUGUAUCUGAAAAAAUUGUUUUUCUCAGUAAAUGUAUUCCAGUAGAAUUCAAUCGGAAAGGGCGCAGUUUGUCCCAGUUGGCAGAUUGGAAAGCAACGGAAUUUCGAACAUUUUUACUGUAUAUUGGGCCAGUUGCUUUGUAUGGGAAUGUCGAUUUGGCAAUAUAUGAGCAUUUUUUGCUAUUUCAUUGUUCAAUUAUGAUACUUAUUUCUAAACGCCAUAUUGAAAAAUUCGGAGUUCCAUUUGCGCGCCAACUUUUGCAUUUAUUCGUAACGCACAGUGAAAAGAUCUACGGAUUAGAGUUCUUAGUUUACAAUGUACAUUCCUUAUUACAUUUGGCAGAUGACGUUGAAAAUUUCGGGCCACUAGACAAUUCGUCAGCAUUUCCAUUUGAAAAUUAUCUCCACCAUUUAAAAUCGUUAGUUCAGUCUCCGAAUAAACCGUUACAACAGAUUAAUAGACGCUUAAAAGAAAUUGAAAUGACAGUGUAUGAAAAACAUGACUCUACUUCACCUGAUGAUGAACACUUCUGUAAAUGUGAAUUGUCCCAUUUCUUAGGACCAACGCCAAAUUUCUCUUGCAAGCAGUAUAAAAAGCUUCAUUAUAAAGAUUUUAUUUUUUCUAUUGCAUAAUAUUCAGAAGCAAAUUGUUUUUGUCUUACCUUAGAAGGAUUGGUUUUCAAAAUAGAAAAUAUAGUAGUGGAUAAUAAUGGAGCAGUUUUUAUAUUAGGUAGGAGGUUUCAGGAUUACCGUUCAUUUUACAAAUACCCUGUCGACUCAAAAGAAUUCUAUGUUUAUCGCAUCCAAAAUUUAUCGGAGUAUAUCGAGUUAUUGCACUGCCACAAAGUUUUUUCGAAAUGUAUUGUUUUUCCUUUCAAGCGGGAAUGGUUGUCAUUUUCAUUAUUGCAUCAUUAGUAAUUCCUUAUUUCAACUUUUAUGUUCUAUAAGUGUAAUAGUAUGUAGUUUUUUAAGAUUUUGUAAUAAACUGGUAUUAAUUUGAA